UCUUUUUUGUAAUGAAUAGAUUUAAUUUUUGCACAUCCAGUUUUUGGUUUGAUAUUUUUAGAUUUUCCAUUCUCUCUUUAGUGUUAGCUUUUUAAACUUUAAACUUUGGGUAUAGCGGAAUACAGAAGAUAUCCUCGUUUGUCGUCUGCUUAUAAUUAUUCAAUCAAUUUUCGUAUUUACAUUAACUUUUAUGAAUGAAAAGAGUAGAAAUCUGUUUUAGAAUUUAUUUUUUUGUCACGUGUGUCUCUAACAUAUUACAGUGGGGAUAUAUUAAUAGAAGAGUGAAAGGAAAGUGAACAUUCAGGUGAUAGUGCUUCAACAGCUAAUGAUACAAUUGUGGCGAAAUAAAACGCACAGUCGAUUGAAGUUAAACUCCUACGAAAAUCAUUACAUGUGAAGAGUAUUCAGUGAUAGUGAAAUAAUUUGGAUUGAUAUAAUUUUGUGAACCAAAGUAAUCCUACAGAUAUAGCUUCUAGACAGAGAGAGAGAGAGAGCAGUCGAAGGAACGUGUAAUUUGGAGAUUUUUUGCGACAAAACGCUUACAUUCAUUCUGUUUUUAUACAGAUAAAGAUAAGAAGCUUUUAAAAGAUAUAUAUAUAUAGGUAGAUAGAUAUACAUAAGUGAAAGUGAAUUUAAUUGGAUUUAAUAGUGAUAUGCUAGAAUGGCGACAGUGACUUCAUGGUGGAAUUUAUUGAUAAAAUUGACUAUAUUUUGGAUACAUACGCGUGCUGCUUGUGCCUUCAAUGAAAUAUGGUGGAAUUUAGGUAUGUCGGGUGCUGGACUAGAUGUUUUACAAAAUCCAAAUCUAUAUAUUGUGGGAACCAAAUCAAUGUGUAUUCAACUCAAGGGACUGUCAUUGGGGCAACAAAAACUAUGUAGUCUAUAUCAUGACCACAUGCGAAGUAUUGGCGGCGGAGCACAAAUGGGUAUUAAAGAGUGCCAGUACCAGUUUAGAUUCCGUCGAUGGAACUGUACAACGAUACAGGGAGAUUCGUCUGUUUUUGGUCCCGUUUUACAAAUAGCAAGCCGAGAGGCUGCUUUUACGCACGCAAUAUCAGCGGCCGGGGUAGUCCACGCUAUCAGCCGGUCGUGCCGGGAGGGAGAGUUAGCAAGCUGCGGUUGCAGCAGGGCCAUGAGGCCCAAAGACUUAAACAGAGACUUUAUAUGGGGUGGAUGUGGAGAUAAUAUUGAAUACGGGUAUAGAUUUGCAAAAGCGUUUGUCGAUGUAAGAGAAAGAGAAAAGAAUCAUCCGAGACAUUCGAACUCCUUAUCACGCAUGCUGAUGAAUUUACACAAUAACGAAGCUGGUAGAAGAGCUGUUUACAACUAUGCAAAGGUAUCAUGCAAGUGUCAUGGUGUUUCUGGAUCCUGCAGCUUGAAGACAUGCUGGCAGCAGCUGCCCACAUUCAGAGAAAUUGGAGAAAGACUAAAGGAACGGUAUGACGGCGGCGUCGAGGUCAAAUUUAACAAACGAGGAACAAAACUAAAAAGAAAACAUAAGAAAUAUAAUAAACCAUCUAAGGAAGACUUGAUCUAUUUACAACAAUCACCAGACUAUUGUCAGGCAAAUAAAGAAACAGGGUCCCUUGGAACAAGAGGGAGAGAGUGUAACAAAGGGUCAGAUGGAAUGGACGGAUGUAAUUUGAUGUGCUGUGGGCGGGGUUAUAACACAUUCAAAAAGACGCUUGUAGAGCGAUGUAACUGUAAAUUUGUAUGGUGUUGUCAUGUGAAAUGUAAAACUUGUGAAAGUGUAAAAGAUAUACAUGUGUGUAAGUGAUCAAAUUGUGGAUUAACAUGUACAGAAUGAAAGUAUCACGCGCAUUGAGAAUGUUAUGGCCAGGCUGAAUGUCACAUUAUGGAACUGGAAAUGAACGUGUGAAGUAACAUUUACCAGUGUGACAUUUACAAGACAUGAUGACCUCCGAGAAGUUGGAAUGUUACAUACUGAUCAUAACAUACAUGUUUAGACUGGGUAAUUCAGGAACGGAGAAGAGCGAGAUUUGUUGUUUUUUUUUUAUUUAUGCAAUGUGAUUAUAUUUAUGCAACGUCUGGAAGCGUGAUUGGUUUGCAAUGUGAUUUCCAUGUAAACAGUGUAAAACAUGAGACCAUAUGGCCAGUUUUUAUUUCACAUUUGUGCAAUACGUCGUUACGUGUGGCGGGGGGUUUCAUCCGUCUACAAGGGCUGUUCUAACUGAGUAAAAGAGUCGUCCUUAUAUCGAAACAAUCCGUUCCUAUUAAAUGCAGGGACUGUUUGUUCAAUCACUCACAAACCGUUCUUUUCUGCAAGAGGGUGCAGUCCUACGGAAUGCAGGGACUUUUCUUCAGCUGCUUGGAAUCUCUUAGAAAACAGGAUCCGCUCCAACAGAUUGGAGAUGUUGUUUUAAAUAUUCUCUCAGAACUGUUCAUUUAGAAAACUGGAUCAAGGAGGACACCUCGUUUCCUUUUUCCAUCAUUUCGACGUGUAGAGUAGGCAGAAGAAGCAGACGGCCAAAUCCAAAAGCAGCAAACAUAGAGAUUAAUGCACCCAAUACAAAGAGGACGAGUAGUGCAUUGUGCCCUCCGAGUAAAAUGAAUAUGAACUCGUGUGUUGUACAACAGUUAAUACACGACAGAUCUGAUUAUAUUAUACUUAAAGUUUAUAUUCAUAUGAUAUUUAUGUCUCAGAAUUUUGUUUUAUCUGAAUGUAAAUAGUGCUGUAAAAAGUGUAUAUAUUGUGAAAAGUUUACAAUUAUUAUCGUUGUUGUUAUCAGUACGUGUAUGUUCAGAUAUUUUCGUGUUCAAUUACAAAAUCAUAUUUUAAACAGGGUCAACUGAUUAGAAACGUGUAAAGUAAAAGUAGUUAUACCGCUUUUCAUUACAGUUUCUCAUCUGUUAAAUUAUUUGCAUCAUGCAUGUGUUUGAUUUUAUUUUUUCAAACAAAUCAGGACUUUUGUGAGAAAUUAAACUUCAUAAAGGUUAGUGAAAUCAAUGGUUUUACAAUUCAAAGCUUAGUUAUCACAAAGUUCUGUUAUAAUUUAUUUUAACUUCAAAGGGGUAUUUAGUUGCAUGGGAAAUAUACAUAUUUCAAAUCGGCAAUAAUUUGAAUAAUCCACUGACUUUAUCAUGAUAUGGUUUUAUCUGAACUAUGACGGCUUUAAUUAAACAAAUUUUCAACUAUUGGAAAAAACUUAAUCACAAAAACGUAUGAUAUAAUGAAUGUACUCAUCACCUUUGACAAAAAAUAUUAAUACUCAGUAUGUGAUAAAUAUAAAAUUACAGAAAAGACAGAAAGAAGACGUAGUAUAUAUUCUGUUUGGGCAGAGAAAACUGAAAAGCUCGCUGAUAAUACCGGUUUAUACAAAUUUUAGACUUCGGGCUCUCCGGCAAAACGUAGAUGUUUUUUUUUUUUCCGACAAAAUAGAGAGUUUAAUGUACACAUUUAUUUAUAUUUAUUGCGUCCUCCAUUAUUUUCAUUAAUGUUUCAUACUCUAGAAAUAUCAUGGGUUAUUUAUUUCAUUAGGAAAGAUAUAUGUAGCUCAAUGUUACGUUGUUGCUUUAUUUUAUACAAUGUAAUGAUAAUUGAUCUGGAAAAAAUGUUGAAAAAAUGUAUGAGCCGCGCCAUGGGAAAAACUAACAUAGUGGCUUUGCGACCAGCAUGGAUCCAGACCAGCCUGCGCAUCCAUGCUGUUCGCUGUCAAAGUCUACUGAAAUUAGAGAAACCGUUAACGAACAGCAUGGAUCCUGACCAGACUGCGCGGAUGCGCAGGCUGGUCUGGAUCCAUGCUGGUCGCAAACGCACUAUGUUGGUUUUCUCAUGGCGCGGCUCAUAUAGUAAUACAAAUCCAAAUUUUUCGGUUUCGAUGGCAAUAAAGCAACAACUAUUAUUAUACGGAUAUUUGAGUGAAGCAGUUUCUGUACUUGGACGAACAGGGUUUCCUCAAAGAUCAAAACAUUUCUUUUGAAAAUAGUAACAUUUGUAAAGAUUCACAUAUCAUUUUAUCAUUUGUUACAGUGUCAAAUGUUGUUAUUUUGUUCUGGUGAUAAAUUUAUUUCUAUUUCUAAUUUUGUUUAUAAAAAUAUUUGACCCAUGAAUACUUACAUUGCACUUUCAUAAAAAAUAAAAAAAGUAACAUGUAAA